UCAACACUUCCAAAUACGUCCUCACAUUUCUCUCCUUUCCUUUACAUAGCCAACUUUCAAAUCUACGCCUAUGGCCCAGCCCCUAAACACGGAAGAAUUACCACCCUACGACAUCCUCGACUUCUCCCACGGCACUAACACCACUACCUCAUUGACAAUACUAUGUUACGGCCUACGAUUUCACAUCACAGUCUCCACAACCAACAUCCAAGAUGAUCCCCAAGCCACAGAGCAAUACCUAUCUCUUUUACAAAAGCUGGACUCCGAGGACUACGCUGAAGAGGAGAAUGAUAAAGAAUCUACCGAGGGCGGUGAUCCAAUGGAAAACAUCUGCUUCUGGAUCGCAAUCAAAUGCCACCCCGCGUAUUUAUCGGCUGCUGUUUUAGCACUCAGGAUUCCAUAUGUCGAAGAUUCGAAAAUCAUGUUGAUACAGGAUGAAGCAGAUGGCGAUGGGGAUGUUCUUCUUUCUCGACGGCCAAAGAAAGUCUCCCUGGUUGAAUCCGGAGCCAUCCGAUUCUAUAAACCCACUUAUUGUAGCGAGCAAGCCGAUCGUGAGAUACUUGCUUUGGAUCGGAUUAAAUCCAUGGGGUUAUCGGAUGUACGUGUCCCGAGGGUUUAUGAGUUGGUGAAAGGUCAGGAAGAUCACACUGAUAGUACUAAUAUUUCGGGCAUUUUGCUUGAAUAUAUAGAGCAUCGUGGUACUUUGGCGGAUAUAGAUAUGGAUGAUACUCCUUGGCAUGUUCGGGAGAAGUGGAUAGAGCAGUUUCAGAGUAUGAUAGGGAGGUUACAUGCCGCGGGGAUUGUUUGGGGUGAUGCGAAGCCAGAUAAUGUUUUAGUUGAUGCGAAUGGUGAGGAUCUUUGGGUGGUUGAUUUUGAGGGAGGGGUUACUGAGGGUUGGGUUGAUGCGGAUAAAGCUGAGUCGCGGGAGGGGGAUCUUCAAGGGGUAUUGAGGAUUAUGGGAUUUCUUGGGGGAAGUGAUGGUUCUAAGGGUGUUGCGGUGUAA